CCGCCCAGGUGAGAGCCGGCGGCCAUCGCUCUGCUCCGACCGCCGCCGCGUCCCGCCUGCAGGUUAUUCUGAGUAAUUCCAAAAAUAUCCCUCAACAUGCCUGAAAACCCUGCUGCAGAUAAACAGCAGGUGCUGCAGAUCCUUGAUCGUCUGCAAGCCAAACUGCGUGAGAAAAGAGACUCCCAACAUAAUGAAAACCUGACUGUUCUAAGUAACACACUCAGGAGCCCUUUGUUUAACCAGAUCCUGACCCUACAGCAAUCCAUCAAGCAACUGAAGGAACAACUCAAUUACAUGCCUCCUGACCGGUCAGUAGAUUUUGAUUUUACUAAGAGAGGGCUGCUAGUGUUUGCUGACAAAUCAGUUGCUGUUGAGAGUAUCUAUACACCUUGCAGUUCACCUGAACCCAAAGCAUCUACCUUCACUCCAAACCUGGGAGUGAAUGAAUUCAACACCAUCAUCCAACGGAUGGCAAAGGGGAGACAAAUAGAAUCAAUAAAAAUCGAAAAGCCUUCUGUUGGAGGUCUUGGGUUUAGUGUGGUUGCCCUUAAAAAUCCCACCUUGGGAGAAGUUGGUGUCUUUGUCAAGGAAGUCCAACCAGGAAGCGUAGCUGACAGGGAUCAAAGACUGAAGGAAAAUGACCACAUACUGGCCAUUAAUUGCACCCCAUUGGAUCAGAACAUUUCCCAUCAGCACGCUAUUGCCCUCCUCCAGCAAGCCACAGGAUCUCUACAUCUGGUUGUUGCUAGGGAGCCACUUCAAGGAAACAGCAGAACUUCGGCUGUCUUAUUAAGUGAUAUAAAUCCACCUGAGACUAUUCACUGGGGCCACGUUGAAGAGGUUGAGCUGAUUAACGACGGUUCGGGAUUAGGCUUUGGAAUUGUAGGAGGGAAGUCAAGUGGAGUAGUUGUAAGAACAAUUCUUCCUGGAGGAUUAGCAGAUCGGGAUGGGAGGCUUCAGACAGGAGAUCACAUCCUGCAGAUCGGAGGGACCAACGUGCAGGGAAUGACCAGUGAACAAGUUGCCCAAGUGCUGCGGAACUGUGGGAAUUCUGUUAGGUUGAUUGUUGCAAGAGACCCAAAAUGUGGAAUUAUGGAGACUCCACCAACUCCUGUGAGCUGGCCAGUCAGUACAUUACAUUCCUUUCAAAAUGGAAAUGAUGAUACCAAUCUUUUUGAGACUUACGAUGUUGAACUUAUAAAAAAGAAUGGGCAGAGCCUGGGGAUAACAAUUGUUGGAUAUGCUGGCACAAGUGAUAUGGAACCUUCAGGGAUUUUCGUGAAAAAUAUAAUACCUGGUAGUGCUGCUGACUACAAUGGCCAAAUCCAUGUUUAUGACAAAAUUGUUGCUGUUGAUGGAGUUAACAUACAGGAUUAUACCAACCAAGAAGUGGUAGAGGCAUUGCGUAAUACAGGACAGAUUGUACGCCUUACCUUGCUUAGAAGGAAAUCUUCUUCCACUAUUUCUUCAGAAGGACCUUCAGAUAGAGUGCAGCCAACUGUUCCAACCUUUACGUUCCCUGGAGUUGUAGGGCCUGAAACUAGUGUGGACACGAAGAAUGAGGAAAACCAAGAACAGAAGGAUAAUCUUCAAAAUGACAGGAAGCAGACUCCACAUAACACAGGAAGAGUCCCACUCCCUCCAGCACAUGAGCUGAAAUCCAAGUGGCAAAACCUGCUGGGACCUGAAUAUGAAGUUAUGGUUGUGAAUGUGGAUAUGCCCAUCACAGAUGAUGCAGAGCUCCAGAAGUACUCAAAGCUCUUACCCAUCCACACUUUGAGAUUAGGAGUUGAGCUUGACACGUUUGAUGGACAUCAUUAUAUAUCAUCAAUUGCUUCAGAUGGUCCAGCUGCAACGCUUGGUCUUCUGCAAGUGGAGGAUGAACUUCUGGAGGUAAAUGGAGUUCAGCUCUAUGGCAAAUCGCGCCGGGAGGCGAUCACUUUUCUAAAGGAGGUGCCGCCCCCAUUUACCCUGAUUUGCUGUCGGCGACUUUUUGACGAUGGCACCGAGUCUCUGGUGGAUGAACCCACCGUGGGAGCUUCCCUCCAAGAAGAAAAGGUGAACACAGAGGAAGACACUAAUCCUGAGGAGGAAGAAGGGGAAUUGGCGCUAUGGUCUCCUGAUGUGAAGGUUAUUGAACUGGAGAAAGACAAAAGUGGUUUAGGAUUCAGCAUUUUAGACUAUCAGGAUCCCUUAGAUCCAGCAAGAACAGCCAUUGUGAUCAGCUCUUUGGUGGCAGGUGGAGUGGCCGAACGUGGGGGAGAGCUUUUACCUGGGGACCGUUUGGUGUUUGUAAAUGACAAAUAUUUGGAUAGUGCCACUUUAGCAGAGGCAGUGGAAGUAUUGAAAUCUGUGCCCCCAGGUACAGUUUCUCUUGGAAUCUGCAAGCCUUUGGUGGGAGAAACCACAGAGGAAGUGAACAUGCAUGGUGUGGAUUCCAACAACAUUAAAACCAGCCCUGGAACACCAGAACCAAUAGAUAAUUUCUCAAUAAUACUCGAAGCACCACAGGGCUUCAGAGAUGAAACACCUUUUAGAGAAGAGCUUGUGGAUGAACCAAGCUUGACCUUGGGAAGGUCAUUCCAGCUUUCUCAAAAUGACAGUGGGUGUGAGAAGGAGUCCUGGGAGAUGCGUGAAUUUCUGAAACCCAGAACAGAAGAAAUGGAUGAAGAACGGGAAAUGUUGGUGGAUGAUGAGUAUGAAGAUGAUUCGAGCUACCUGAAAUAUAAGGCAUCACGUGGAGAGAAGACAGCUUUGGAGAGGAACGUCAAUACAGAACGAUGGGCAAAGCAACUUGAGACUAAUGAAAUACAAGACUUAAGGUCCAGUGUUAACUUAAGUCCAAAUGAGUCCCUGGAAUAUCCAUUCAGUAAAGAUCAGAUGUGUGAAGAAAAUGCUUUGCUGUUUAUGGGAACCACAGCACACAGCAGCUACCAAAAAGACAUAUUUGAAACUGAAGCUACCCAGUCAGGAGCAAAAAGCAUGAUGGAUUUAGGUAUAAAGCUUCAGACUGACUCCGAAAGAUCUGGGCUUGUGGAUGAUCUGGAAGCUAUUGAAAAGGAAGAACUGAAAGGGGAGGAUGAUGGUUUUUCCAAGAACUUGGAAUCUGGGAGAGUAAACACAUUAGCUCAACCUAGAACAGCAUUGUGCAGUGAAUUACCUGAGAGAGAAGAAGGAGAAGGAGAAGAAACUCCAAACUUCAGCCACUGGGGACCACCACGGAUUGUUGAGAUCUUCAGAGACCCUCACGUGUCACUUGGAAUCAGUAUUGUUGGUGGACAAACUGUCAUAAAGCGCCUAAAGAAUGGAGAAGAACUUAAAGGGAUCUUUAUCAAACAAGUUUUGGAAGAUAGCCCAGCAGGAAGAACAAGGGCUUUAAAAACUGGAGAUAAAAUACUUGAGGUUUCUGGGAUAGACCUACAAAACGCCACGCACGAGGAAGCAGUAGAAGCUAUCAAGAACGCAGGAAAUCCCGUGGUGUUUAUAGUUCAGGGUUUGGCCAGCAUACCAAGAGUGGUUCCUGCCCUACAGCCUAAGGGUAUCAAAGUCAGCAAAGAUCAGAAUGCAGACAAAGAAAAUAGGAGUGAAAAGAGAAAACAUGGGGCUCCACCUCCGAUGAAAUUGCCACCUCCUUAUAGAUCACUUGAAAGACGACGUGCAGAGGAAUGCAUGGAUGAAGAGGAGGAUGAGAAUGCUUAUGCAGAGAAAAAAAUCAGGCAAAGAUAUGCAGAUCUACCUGGAGAGUUGCACAUUAUUGAGCUUGAGAAAGACAAAAAUGGGCUGGGGCUGAGCCUUGCUGGCAACAAGGACCGGUCUCGUAUGAGCAUCUUUGUAGUUGGUAUCAAUCCAGAUGGACCUGCGGGACGAGAUGGAAGGAUGCAUAUUGGUGAUGAACUUCUAGAGAUAAACAAUCAGAUAUUGUAUGGAAGGAGUCAUCAGAAUGCUUCUGCAAUCAUUAAGACUGCCCCAUCAAAGGUCAAACUAGUUUUCAUACGAAGUGAAGAUGCAGUCAAUCAGAUGGCUGUUACUCCUUUCCCGUUACCUUCUGGCUCCCACUCUUCUAUUGAGGAUCAUGGUGGCACAGAACCUACCAGCAGCGAAGAAGACCCAAGUUUGGAAGUUCUUAUGAAAAGCUUGACUGAUGAGCUAUCCAACAAAGCUGAUGUGAAAAGUAAAGCUGACAAACCAGUGGUGGCAGAUCAGCAGGAUACAGAGGAGCAGUUCCCGGAAAAUGUCCUCAACCAGAUCAAACAACCCAAGUCUUCAACAAAAGUACCAGUCAACUUCCAGGAGAUCCCCUUGGUGCCAGCACCUACUUACCUUUCUCCAGAGGCAGAAGUCACUAGCCAUAACAUCCUUCCAUCUCCAUUGUCUGUGGAUCCAGCAACGUGUCCUAUAGUUUCAGGGCAGGAGAUGACUAUAGAGAUAUCUAAGGGUCGAUCAGGCCUAGGACUCAGCAUCGUCGGGGGGAAAGACACUCCACUGGAUGCCAUAGUGAUCCAUGAAGUGUAUGAAGAAGGGGCAGCAGCCCGAGAUGGCAGGCUUUGGGCCGGGGAUCAAAUUCUGGAGGUGAAUGGGAUCGAUCUGCGCAAUGCCAGCCAUGAAGAAGCUAUCACCGCCCUGAGACAGACUCCCCAGAAGGUGCAGUUGGUUGUUUAUAGAGACGAAGCACAUUACAAAGACGAAGAAAACCUGGAGAUUUUCUAUGUAGACAUACAAAAGAAAACAGGCCGAGGACUAGGGCUCAGCAUAGCUGGAAAACGAAAUGGAAGUGGAGUGUUUAUCUCUGACAUUGUUAAAGGAGGAGCUGCAGACCUAGAUGGAAGAUUAAUUCAAGGAGAUCAGAUUUUGUCUGUAAAUGGAGAGGAUAUGAGAAAUGCCUCACAAGAGACUGUUGCCACUAUACUUAAGUGUGCCCAAGGCCUUGUACAUCUUGAGCUUGGGAGAUUGCGAGUUGGAUCAUGGCUGUCAUCACGGAAAACAUCCCAAAACAGUCAGGCAAACCAACAGAAUGUCCAUAGCCACUUCCACCCUGCUCUUGCUCCAGUCCUCUCUACCUUACAGAAUUUUGUCAGCACAAAAAGAUCUUCAGCAGACGUGUCUCAGAGAAACUCAGGAGCAGAUACAGGCCCAAGGACUGUGGAGAUAACAAGGGGACCAAAUGAUGCACUUGGUAUCAGUAUAGCAGGAGGGAAGGGAAGUCCAUUAGGAGAUAUUCCCAUCUUCAUUGCUAUGAUUCAAGCCAGUGGUGUGGCUGCACGUACCCAAAGACUCAGAGUUGGAGAUCGGAUUGUCAGUAUUAAUGGGCAACCUUUGGAUGGGCUGUCUCAUGCAGAUGCGGUUAAUCUACUAAAGAAUGCUUAUGGGAGCAUUAUCCUGCAGGUUGUGGCUGAUACCAACAUCAGUGCCAUUGCCACCCAGCUGGAGAGCAUGUCUGCAGGGUGCAACCUAAACUCUUCUUCCGAGCAUCCUUCUGAAGAUCCUGAAGCACCUCAGCCUAAGAUUAUUACUUUGGAGAAAGGCUCUGAUGGACUGGGAUUUAGUAUUGUAGGGGGGUAUGGAAGUCCCCAUGGAGACCUGCCCAUUUAUGUCAAGACUAUAUUUGCCAAGGGAGCAGCUGCGGACGACGGCAGACUGAAGCGUGGUGACCAGAUCCUGGCGGUGAAUGGGGAAGCUUUGGAAGGGGUCACCCACGAGCAAGCUGUGGCCAUUCUGAAGCGCCAGAAAGGAACUGUAACAUUAACAGUGUUGUCCUGAAUGUGGUUAUUUUAGAACAUCAGCAGAGCUCUAAUAAUGCCCUGCAGCCCUCAGCAGGAUGUAAAGCAAAGCCUGGCAAAACCGAAUCAGUGUUCACCGCAUUGCCAGAAAGGGUAGCGCGCAUCUCCAGCUUCAUUUAAGCCUUCCUCACUUAUCAACCCUUUCUUCCCACCCUCCCCUAUGUCUGGUGGCUUUUGAGGUAUCUCUGGAUGAGUUUAAUGGGGAGACUUCAAAGAACAAGAUCCUCUUUGACUGUAUUUAGACAGCAGUUUAUCCACACUAGGUCUGAACCCCACUUGCAGCUGCUGAACCUGCAAUCGGUUCACACACAAAACAGAAUUCCAAUCGUCAACCGAUCUCAUCUGAUGAGCAGAAAUAAAUGCCGAGUGACUUGUCAUCUCACUCAUGAUUUACUUAUGCUAAUUGUCCUUUCAAGUAUGCCAGAAAACAUUAGCAAUGUAAUUAAAUUACCACUGUUCCAAAUGAUGAAAUAUCAAAUUCUCCUCUGGGAAAUUAUUUGUGCUCGGCACAGUAAGUCUGAUAGUCAAAUGUGAGCUUCUCAUGUUUAUCUCUUUGGGUAGGUCUAUGCAAGUUAGUCAGAGGUAAUUACUGUGAUGUGUCAAUUUGCUGCCUUUAGCGUGAAAAAUAAACUAGGGGAGAGGGAAAUGUGUGGGGUGGUGUGUGGUUGUUUUUUUUUAGGCUUCUAAAGUAUUUGAGCCUUUUCAGAUCUUUAAGCAGCAUGAACAACAACAACCUAUCUCAUUCUAUUCUAAUUAUAUUUUUAAAGAAGAAGAAAUGUGUUGAUAUAUGCCAGGCAUGUUGCAUACAAAGGCAGUUGUUGUUGUGCCAAGCUGCAGCAUAAUUGUUCAUCCUGAAACUUUAAUGAAGACAAAAAGUUAGCUCCAGCAGCAUGAUCCCAUAAUUCUAGUAAUGAUGGUGAGCAGUCCCUCUGCACCUUGUCUUUAAGGCUUGAUGAAGUUAAUCCAAACCAGCAAACCGUUUCACAUUUCCAAGACUCUCCCCAGCAUCAGAUAGUGCAGGAAGAGGCUUUCAUGCAUCACAGAAGAUGAUUCUCUCUUGAGGCUGCUGUUCAAAUUUGGAUAAUACUAGUCAGUGGGGAGGUGAUCGCUGCAGCAGAUGAAGAUGAUGUCCUUCUGGGGCUGGCUGCCAUGCCCAUCCCUUUGAGGGCAGGGGUUCUUCAUGUCCCUUCAGCAAGUCAGGACAGCUCAGCUGAAGCCCCAGACUAUUUCUUUUGGUUUAAGCUCAGCUAGGUGAAAGUGUGCUGAAGCCCAUGAGGAUCAUUCCCAAGGCCUAUUGCACUUUGCACUGGGAUGCAGGAAGGUUCAACCCAAAGUUAGCCGUGUUGCAGCCAUUUCUGCAGUGAUUAUAUGACUGUGGCCUUAGUGAUUUAGCAAAUGAAUUUGGCAGGCAGAUUAAUGGUGGUGCAAGUUGUUGAGGUUUAAUCUUCCUAUCCAGAGGAGCAGUAGGGUUUUAGAGGAAGCAGCCCAGUCUGAUUUGGACUAUUUGGUAUAAUUUAUAAUGAUGAUGUGGCUGGGAGAAAUGAAAAGUGGGCAGGGUUCAAAAUUGGCUGCUCAUUUUCAGUGGAAAAAAAAUCCCUGGAAUGAAAUGAAAAGAAGAUUCCAAAUCUGUGGUACAAUAACUGAAUAAAUCUGUAGUAUAAUAAAUGAGUAGCACAGGAUUUGUGUGUUAAAGGUAGUGCUGUUUGGUAUGGCUUAGCUAGAAGUGGGUAUGCCCCCACUUUCCAUGAAGUGAGAUGAACUACACCAAAGCAAGCAAGGUGUGACUAGCUCUCAUGGAAAUAGGUUUCUUAAUUUCAUUGAAAAGUUUUCUUUAGGUAAUCACAAAGUGCAUUUAGCCUGCUGGAACCAUUGGUGGGUAUUUCAUUACCAGUGCCUGGAAAAGACUUGAUAUUUUCAGUGGAUUCCCACUGUACUGUUUGAUUUGCCAAGCGAAGUGUCUGUGGAACCUCAAUUGUAGAAGCCCAGGAAUUUGUCCAGAGGUAGCAAAUUGGAGAUUCCUUAACUGCCUUUGGUUGCAGAAAUAUCCAAGGUAUGAGAAUCACAGAAUCAGCCAGGUUGGAAGAGACCUCCAAGAUCGUCAAGUCCAACUGAUCACCCAACCCUAACUAAUUAACUAGACCAUGGCACUAGUGCCUCAUCCAGGCCUUUCUUAAACACCUCCAGGGACACUGACCCCACCACCUCCCUGGGCAGCCCAUUCCAAUGGGCAAUCAUUCUUUAUGUGAGGGACUUCUUUCUAAGAUCAAGCCUAAACUUCCCCCUAUGCAGCUUGAGACUCUGUCCUCUUGUUUUGUUGCUGGUUGCCUGGGAGAAGAGACCAACCCCCACCUGGCUACAACCACCCUUCAGGGAGUUGUAGACAACAAUAAGGUCUUCCCUGGGCCUCCUCUUCUCCAGGCUAAACAACCCCAUUUCCCUCAGAAGUUAAGUGCAGGUAGGUGAAAUCUGAAGAGGCACCCUCUGGAAUUCCUGAACAAAACAUAAUGAUUGCUCUGAUGAUGUUUCUACAACCCUUGCAUUCCUACUUUAAGAUGCUGCCACAUUUAAUCUAUACAGUUUUACAUGGCUCUUUAUUAGCCUGUUGUGCAUACCCUGUUCAUAUUCAUUGAGUACAAUUUAUGGGCUGGGACAUUUUGCACUUCUCCAUUGCUGAUGAGAGAGAGAGAACAUUUUCUUGCUUCUUGUAAUUUGCACUUUGUGUGUUGAAUAUAUUACUGCCAAAAAAAAAUAAUAUUAAAAAGUAUUGUAACUAAUUGAUAAACCAGUGCCCGUGCAGGGAAGCGUGUGCUGUAUGUACAGGACCACAGAGCUAAACCUGCAUCACGCUUGCCUGGGCUAGGGUGUUCUGGUUUGUUUAAAACUUUGAUUUCUGCACAAGGGAAAAAGCAAUGAAAGCUCCUGAUUGUAUGUUUAUGUAUAUCAGUAAAAUCAAACAUUUUAUGACUUCAAAGAUUCUGAAUAAAGCUUGGUUGCAUAAGUAGUUGUGGGUUUAUUGAUUU